AUGUCCAAGCAGCCAUUGAAGCUAGAACUGCCAUGGGUGGAGAAAUAUAGACCUCAGCUUCUGAAAGAUAUUGUGGGCAAUGAAGAGACGGUGAUGAGAUUGCAGCAGAUUGCGCAGGACGGAAACAUGCCUCACCUUAUCAUCAGUGGACUGCCGGGUAUUGGGAAAACUACCUCUGUGAGUUGUUUGGCUCACGAACUGCUGGGAGACGCUUACUUACAGGCAGUGCUGGAGCUCAACGCGUCUGAUGAUCGAGGCAUCGACGUGGUCAGGAACCAGAUAAAGCAGUUUGCGCAGAAAAAGUGCAGUCUGCCUCCUGGUCGGCACAAGAUCGUGAUAUUGGACGAGGCAGACUCUAUGACUGCAGGUGCCCAGCAGGCCCUUAGACGCACAAUGGAGCUGUAUUCCAACACCACCAGAUUCGCAUUUGCGUGCAACCAGUCCAAUAAGAUCAUUGAACCCUUGCAAAGUCGUUGCGCCAUUUUGCGUUACGCCAAGCUCCAGGACGACCAGGUCUUGAGAAGGCUGCUGGAGGUCAUUGAGGCAGAAAGCGUCAAGUACACUAAUGACGGGCUUGAGGCAAUCAUAUUCACUGCAGAGGGUGAUAUGCGACAAGCUUUGAAUAACCUGCAAAGUACGGUUGCCGGUUACGGACUGGUAAAUGGUGAGAACGUCUUCAAGAUCGUCGAUUCCCCUCACCCUCUGAUCGUCAAGAAAAUGCUACUCGCUGAUUCCCUCGACACCUCGCUAGACCUGCUCCAACAGCUCUGGAAGAAAGGGUACUCCGCCGUAGACAUUGUUACGACCUGUUUCCGUGUUACCAAGAAUCUCGACGAGGUCAAGGAAGGCAUCAGACUCGAAAUGAUUCGCGAAAUUGGGUUUGCUCAUAUGCGUGUCCUUGAAGGUGUGGGCACUUACUUGCAACUUGCGGGCAUGUUGGCGAGAAUAUGUAAAGUGAGAAUUACUUAG